AUGCUUACCAGAAGAAAGCAACUUCAAGCCAGCAACAUUUCUAAACAAGAAAGCACUGCUCAAUGUGAUGAUGCCAUAGAAAUUAGUGAUGGAGAUGAAGAAGAUCAAGAAGAAGUUGGUGGUUUUAUAUUGGUUGGACAGUAUGUACCAAGAGAAGAAUUGUUAAAGGAUGCCGUAUUGGAUGAUAUAGAUUUCGUGCAUGGACUAGAUCUAGAUUUUGAGAUGAGGAGUGAAGGUGAGGAAAGCGAUCUCAAUAUAACAAUUUCCAGUCAAAAUGAAGAGAUUGAUGGGGAUGACCAUUUUGGUAUUCAAACUAGUAAUUGUACAGAAAAUAGAUUGAGAAGAAUGAUUGGUAAACCUGUUAAAUAUUGGGAAAAUGAACGACCCUUACCCAUUGACACCAAAAAGAAGAAACAAUCAUCCCAUGAAAGAAAGAGAAAAUUGGAUAUGUCAGUUGAAGAACCAAGAAGGAGAAAGCUAUUCAUACAACAAUUGACAUCUGUCAAGCUUCACACUUUAAAUUCAUCAAGGAUGGUUAUGAUGCUGAUGAAGAUACUGAUGGAGAUACUGAUGAGGAUACUGAAGAUACUGCACAACUUUCAAUCUAAAGAAACAAGAUCCAGCACAAAGUGA